AUGGCGCCUUCUGUAGUCUUGGACAACGGCGACCCCGCGCGCCUCAAUGCCAGAACAAGCGUCUCCGGAUUCCAGAAAUACGGCAACCCAUCGCUGAAGGUCACCGCCGACCACCGCAUAGAGAUGGAAGAAGCCCCGAUUCCCGAGCCGGGCCCCGGUGAAGUCCUCAUCCACAUCAAGGCGACAGGCGUCUGCGGCUCCGACAUCCACUUCUGGAAGCGCGGCCGCAUCGGCGCCCUCACCAUCGACGGCGACUGCAUCCUCGGCCACGAGGCCGCCGGCGUCGUGCUCGCCGCCCACCCGACCGUCACCACGCUCGCGCCCGGCGACGCCGUCGCGCUCGAGCCGGGCGUCCCCUGCGGCGCCUGCUUCCUCUGCCGCGCGGGCCGCUACAACCUGUGCGCCGCCGUCGCCUUCGCCGGCGUCUACCCCCACCCGGGCACCAUCCGCCGCUUCGCCACCCACCCCGCGCGCUGGUGCCACAAGAUCCCGGGGUGCUCGCCGGCGUCGUCGCCGCUGUCGUCGCAGUCGUCGUCGUCCGGGUCCGCUUCUUCGUUGUCCUUUGGCGAGGCCGCGCUCCUGGAGCCGCUGAGCGUCGUGCUGCACGGGGUGCGCACCGCGCCGCUGUCGCUGGGCUCGCCCGCGCUGGUGUGCGGCGCGGGGCCGAUCGGGCUGCUGGCGCUGGCGGCCGCGCGCGCGAGCGGCGCCCACCCGCUCGUCGUGACGGACCUCGAGCCGCGGCGGCUGGAGUUUGCGCGGAAGUACGUGCCCGGCUGCCGGACGUACCGCGUCGACCCGGCGCUGGGGGCCGAGGGCAACGCGCAGGCGGUGAGGCGGUUGUUUUUGGAUGGGGGCGGCGGCAGGGAGGCGGCGGGGCUGAGCGAGGAGGAGAAGGAGUACCUCGCGCCGGAUACGGUGCUCGAGUGCACGGGCGUCGAGAGCAGCGUGUGUACGGCGGCGUUUGCGGCGAGGAGGGGCGGGACGGUGUGCGUGAUUGGGGUGGGGAAGGAUGUCAUGAAUAAUUUGCCGUUCAUGCAUAUGAGCUUGGCUGAGAUCAACCUCAAGUUCAUCAACCGCUACCGCGACACCUGGCCCGCCGGCAUCUCGGCCCUCAGCGGCGGCAUCCUCGACGUCAAGCCGCUCAUCUCGCACGUCUUUCCCCUCGCCCAGGCCAAGGAGGCGCUCGAGCUGUGCUCCGAUCUCAGCCACGGCAGCAUCAAGGUGCAGAUCGUCGACGACGUGGAGGUGCCAAUACCGUGA